CCAGGUCUGAAGUACACCUGUCUACGCGCGAACCGUUAUCAGAUAGUUUGUGAGAUCUUUGAUCCCAAAUUGGCUCAGUGACAACGUCGAUCAUACAUUAAUUUCGUAAUGCCAUUAGGCAAAUCUGAACAGACCCGUGGUGCUUCGUUUCCUCCUAGUCACGUAAACAGAACUAUCUAGAAGCCCAGAGGCAAGCGGGAUAAUCUCCAUGUUCAAGUCCAAUGUUCUUUCUAACGACAUCCAUAUACGUACGUACGUACGUGCCAUCAUUGGUUAUUGUUAUGACCGGUGUUGAAUUGUCGUUAGGAAAGCCCCGCGACAUAGCUGAAUGCGCUUCACAUGGGACAAACACAUGCUGCAUUGGGAAUCAACACGUCGGCUUAUUUUGGAUUUUUGCCCUGUCUGACGUUAGCACUGACGUUUUGCUGUACAUACUUCCCGCACAGAAUGUCAUGGCUGACAAGAGCCGAAUCAUAGAAUCCUUGGGCUGCCACCUCAGCUGGCCCGAGCUUCAACCCUAUGUGGCAGACAAGGAGACCCUUCGGCGAGAGGAGGGCAUCCUUGCCAAGGAGGCAUGGGACUUCAACGACCGCCCGACCUACUACACGGCCGUCCGCAACAUGCAGGGCUUCAUAGCCUAUCACCUUGACAAAUAUGAAGACGCCCUGGGGUUCUUCCUCGAUGUUUUGGACAAGGACGAGAACAACAUUAAUGCCCUGGGAAAUCUGGCCUUCAUCCACAAACAGUUGUUUGAAAUGGAGGACUACAGAAAGUACCACGACAGGCUCACCCAGAUUUUGACGAAAACAUGCACGGGCGAGAGAGCCAUGGCCUAUGCGGAUAAGGCCCAUGCUAUCCGUUAUCUCGAGCACAAGCUGAACUUUCAGUACAUGAGGUUCAUCAAGAAGGCUGUGGUAAUCGGGAGGAAUUGUGACAGCUCCAAACGAGCAGAAUGGCUCUUCGACUAUGCGCUGGCUUUAUACAAGAGAGACUAUCAGAUGUUGUAUCUUAGGGAACUUGCGAGCCAAACUUCCUUCGUGCCGGAGCAUUCCGACUGGUACUCCGAUGAUAGGAUCUUGCAGGGCUUCAAGGAAGCCUGCCGUGUUUUCUUAGAGGUUGCACGCACCACCACUUCCAGGGAUUACGAAGCUUUAUCUUGGUUGUUUUUGGGAAUACUUGUCAACCACGACUCAGAACAUAGAAGCAUCGCCGAGGCAUUCCCCGAUAAUCUGGACCUUCAUGAUCUCACAGCAGUGCGGUGCUUUGAAAAGUGCCUGAAGAUGCAUCCAGAGCAUAUUAUGAUUACCCGUAGGGUUGGUUAUGAAUAUGUCAAGAUCGGACGUUUUGAGCAAGGCAGAUUGUUGUUAGAGAAAUCACUCCGGAAAAGUCAGUCCCAUGUUGUUUAUCGCUAUCGAGCCUACAUGUUCUUGGCCAUGUACGAAAAAGCGGACACGGACGUCAAACAAACAGAAGAGGCGAGAGGAUGGCUUCAGGAGGCCACGGCAAGUUUCAAUUUUGCUCUCAAAUUGAGGACAUACUCCGCAGAUUACGCCGGUCUAGGAUACGCUUUUUUUCUGCUUGGGAGCAUCAACAAGGCCAUACAAAAGUAUUCUCAAGCGAUCCGAGGUGAACAUGAUCAUUUCUUUGACCCUGUGCAGACUCACCAGCGAUGGGCCGAGUGUCUGGAGUUGACAGACCAGUCAGAAGGAAGUCGGCUACAACUAGAGAAAGCUGAGCAGGUUCGGAGGGAGAUCUUAAACACGGCUCUCGUAGACGGCCAUUCGGAUUACUUCAACGAUGACUUCGACCACUACAGCACCGAAGUGAAACCAGACUACGUCAGGAUUCUCCUGGCUCACCACUUCGUUACGAUUUCAGGGUCUCCACACCCGUCUGAACAGAUGCACAGGGGAAUCCAGAAGUACCACUACGAUUUCUUCGUGUGGUACGCAGAAAGAGACAGUCAAUGGGCCGAGGCGUUCGUAGACAAGUUGGAGUCCGCUGAGUACGGGCUCCGGGGUUGUACGCAAUCACGAGAUAGCAAAGGCGGAGUGGAUGUGUUCGACCAGUUCCUCCACUGUUUGAGGAACAGCCACAGGUUUGUAAUCAUCCUCACGCCCCACCCCCACCCUCUCGACGGUGCGGACCCAGAAAGCGACGGGUGGGAGUCGUACGCCAUCAGCCAAGGACUAAUGGAGGACAUCGCAAACAGAGGCGGUCAUGGGGAGUAUAUAGUGCCGAUUAAACUGAAGGACUGCCCCUUGCCAGUCAAACUUCAGGCGGUGCAGACAGUCAUAAAGUGCAAAGAGGGUCAGUUUUCGAGGGGUGACUUUGACGUACUGGUGCGAGAACUCAUUCAAAAUGCGUAGCUUUCGGGCAUUCUCCAGAAACUCAACUAAACAUUUAGCACAACCUCCACUGAGGUCACAGUCUGGCCUAUUUUUACAUAUCUUAAUGGUCUCCAUUCUAAAAAUAAUGUAAUCAUUUUUACUUCCUGCAGAUCAUUGUUAUGCCUAAGAUUGAAAUUAUCUCGCCAUGUACAUGUACACCUAAAAGGGCCCUCAAAACUUUAACAGACUUUUCGUCUGAAGAGUCCAUGAUUUGAUAUUCUUCAGAGUAAUAAGCUUUCAAGCGAUCAAAAGUUUUUCUUCGAAGAAAAUCCGUCGAUGAACCGGAUGAACAAUUCUUUUAGUAAGAAAAUGUCACAGAAAUUUAUGUCGAAGACUCGAUGCUGUUGUGUGGAAGGAGGGGGUUUCCUCUUUGUUCAUUUUUUAAGAUAUUGCUUAGUGGUUACAGAUUAUAGUUAAUUAAACUAUGAUCGAGUUGGGAGACAAUGCACAUGACAUGUGAUCACUAUUGCAAUCACUAGCCACAGAUAUAAAAAUGUGCACUUUUCACAGGUACAUGUAUUAAUGAUUCGCGUUGAUGGGAGGCCAGUAAAGUAUAGGGGACUUCCACCCUUAGACCCCCCUCCCAAAAAAUAAAUAAAUAAAUAAAAUAACAGAAAGGAAAAUUGGGAAAAGGAAAAAGAAAGAAAGGCGAUGUAAGUUGGGGAAAAUGCAUUUCUUGACAAACCCCAAACUGAUGGUCAGAGGUUUCCAUUAACAUAUCACCCCUCCGCAGUUCAUUGCCGGUAUUAGAGAUUUUUGGAACCUUGUCCCUCUCUGGAAAAAAAGGCUGGGCUAGGCCCCUGAGUGUGUACACCGAUUGGUCUCCCAGCUUGUAAUAAUAAUUUCAGUCUGAACAAUUAUUAAAAGGUGUGUCAAGUCAACACUGUGCGAGCAUAA